AUGCUUUUAGCAGAUGGCUGCUCAACUCGUUCACGAUACGAUCAGAAGAAAUUAAUAUCAAAUCGAUUUGUUGAACUUAAUAAUUGUACGGAAGCGUAUUUGGGUUACUGCCGAAACGGUGGGAUUUGUAAGAUGACAACAGACAUUUCACAACGAGCUGUACCAGUUUGCUCCUGUCCAACAGGAUUUCGUGGCCGACAAUGUGAACUAAUCAACGAUCCUAAUAUUUACUUUUCGCGGCAACAAGGUCAAAUGGAAAUGGCCGCUAUGUCGGGUGCUAUGGUUGCAAUUAUAUUUGUAAUUUUGUUUCUAUCAUUUGUGUUAUACUUUUAUAGGAGAUAUGUGAAAUAUGGUAUGCAGGAAAGUAAUUCAUCAACAACAAUUGAUACUUUGGAACUUUCACCUCCGCUAAAUAAACAAAAACAAAAUUCAGAUGCAAUUAUAGACGAACUUGAGAAAAACGAAAUAAUUGAAGCACGAGCAGAACGACCAAUGCAUAUGCAAUUAGCUGAGAAAGUAAACUAUCCAUCGAAUAUUUUUGAAAUGUAUACAUUAACGGGAUAUCCGAAUCCGGAAUAUGCUCAACGUCGAAAUUUAUUCAGUAUGGCGACAAAGAAUCGAAAUAUGCCAAGAAAAACAAGAAAUAGCAAUAUCAUUUUACCAGAAAUCUGA